AUGCAUAAUGUUGAUUUACAAACAGAUUUCACCGACCCAGAGUAUAGACAUGAACUUGACCAUGUUGACGUCGAGUACUCUCCUAACGUCCUAUUUCAAGGCAUGACUUUCAACACAAAGGAGGAAGUCCAACAUGUGUUAAAUGCAUAUCAUAUAAAGAAAGGUUUGUAUUACAGGGUGGAGAAAUCGUCACCAACAUUAAUUGUUGCAGGCUGUGUUAACAUUACAUAUGAUUGGAGGUGCAGAGCGGCUUUUAUUACUACAAGCCAAAAAUGGGAGCUUCGUAAGGUAUUAGGUGAACAUUCUUUUUCAUCCCCUAUUAUCACACAAGAUCAUGUUAACAUUGGCUAUGUAUAUAUCAACAAAAGUAUUCUUGCUUUGGUGGAGAGUGAUCCAUCUAUUUCAAUUCCAACAAUAAUAGCACACAUCAAAAGUGCUGAAGGGUACACAAUCUCAUACCGCAAAGUGUGGAUGGCAAAGCAAAAGGCAAUUAAAGACUUACAUGGCAACUGGGAACAAUCUUACCAUGAUUUACCCAAGUUGCUCAAUGCCAUGAGUGGAUUUCUUAAUGAAUUUGUUGUUGAGAAGCAAACAAGGCCACUAUACAACCAACAAGGUGAGAUGGUUCAUCAUUAUGUUCAAAUCCAUAGAGCAUUUUGGACACUUAAACCUUGUAUCGAUGGGUUCAAAUACUGCAAGCCCAUUGUUCAAGUUGAUGGCACAUUCUUGUAUGGCAAAUACAAAGGAACUCUCCUUGUGGCCGUGGCUCAAGACGGUAACAACAAAAUCUUUCCAAUUGCCUUUGCAAUUAUUGAGGGUGAAACAGUAGAUGCAUGGUUUUUCUUUCUACAUUAUCUCAAAAGACAUGUUUGCCCUCAAGAUGGCCUUUGCUUAAUUUCAGACAGGAACAAGUCCAUCAAAGCAGCCUACGCUAGACAAGGCAAUGGUUGGACACCCGACAAUUCAGUGCAUGUGUUCUGUAUUCACCAUAUUGCCCAAAACUUCAUGAGGCAUUUCAAGAACACAGAACGAAAAAAAUUAAUCAUCAAUAUGGGUAUGUACUUCUUAUCAUUAAUUACUGAUAUUUGUUUGACCAUAUUUCAACAAUACUAA